GUCAAGUAACGACACCUCUGACUUCAACUUGGCGCCGGUGACGUGCUGUCUACCUGCGACCUGCGACCUGCCAGCCCCCCGGGCAACCGUCACCCCUUUGCGCAUAAUGACAACAACAACAAACGAAUAAUUUUUUGCUCAUCUCCCACGCCGAUCACGAGAGACUACAGUCUUCUCCUUGUUUACCAAGUACACAACCACUGCCUCUAGCAAGGCUUCUCUAUAAGCCCGGCUGCCCAACAUGGCCGAAUCCCCAAACGAAAAGGGGAGACAUCGAGAGGAUGACAUCGAGGAAGCGCCCAGGAAUGAUGAUGACCUCGAAAAGAUUGCCAUUGGCUCAUCGUCUGUGGAGGAGAACGACGAGAAGAGGGCCGAGCUGAACCGGAUGAGGACCAAUGCCACCAACACCAGCGUAACCACGACCGCUACCAUCCACCCUCAUGUCGAACCAAAGCCAUGGUACAAACAACCAAACCCUCUGAGAUGGGGGAAAAUCGAACCGAUCCCAGAGACGAGGAGGCCAUCGCCAGAGUACAAUGCCGGUUUCUUCAAGUCGCUCUACUUUAGUUGGAUGGGUCCUUUGAUGACGACCGGGUAUAAACGACAGUUGGAGCUCAACGAUAUCUACGAGGUCAACCCAGACCGUUCUGUUGACCCCCUCACAGAAAGGAUGCGAGAGUCCUAUAAGCGGCGAGUGGAAAAGGGGGAAAAGUACCCGUUGCUUUGGGCUUUGCAUGAAACAUUCUUCUGGGAGUUUUGGAUUGGUGGCAUGUGUCAGCUUGCUGCCUCUGUCCUCCAAGUCAUGUCGCCUUUCACUCUUCGUUACCUCAUCCAGUUCGCAACAGACGCUUGGGUCGCCAACCACUCGCGCGCACCACCACCGGGUAUCGGAUCUGGCUUGGGAUUGGUCUUCGGUGUCACGGCCAUGCAAAUCUUGCAGAGCUUGUGCAUUAACCACUUCAUCUACCGCGGUAUGCUUAUCGGAGGCAUGGCUAGGGCCUCUCUGAUUAGCUUGAUCUACGAAAAGUCCAUGGUCAUCUCGGGUCGUGCCAAGGCGGGUGGUGCCGAUGCCCCAGACGUUCCCGCUGCAAAGGCGGCUGCAGAGAAGGAUGCAAAGAAGGAGAAGAAGAAGAGCAACAAGAAGGGCAAAAAGGGCCAAGCUGGUGCCGAAGAUGAUGGUGCCGGUUGGGGCAACGGAAGAAUCAUCAACCUGAUGAGCGUUGAUACUUACAGAAUCGACCAAGCCUCCGGUUUGUUCCACAUUAUCUGGACCGCCCCCGUCACCAUCCUCAUCACUCUUGUGUUGCUGCUUGUCAACUUGACUUACAGCGCGCUCGCCGGUUUUGCCUUGUUGGUUAUUGGUAUCCCCGUGCUCACCAAGGCCAUCAAGACUCUCUUCGCCCGCAGAAAGGCCAUCAACAAGAUCACCGAUCAGAGAGUUGGCCUGACCCAGGAAAUUCUUCAGUCCGUCCGCUUCGUCAAGCUCUUUGGCUGGGAAAGCUCGUUUCUCAAGCGUCUGCAGGAGUUCCGCGAUCGUGAGGUAUCAGCCAUUCAAGUGUUACUGGCUCUUCGUAAUGCGAUCAUGGCCAUUAGUAUUUCGCUUCCGAUCUUCGCGUCCAUGCUUGCCUUCAUCACCUACUCUUUGACCAGCCACGGGCUGGCGCCGGCUAAGGUCUUCUCGUCUCUCGCCCUCUUCAACGGUCUUAGAAUGCCAUUGAACAUGCUUCCUUUGGUCAUCGGUCAGGUGACGGACGCAUGGUCCUCCCUCGCCCGUAUCCAGGACUUCUUGCUUGCCGAGGAACGGGAGGAUGAAGCUAUCAUCAAGCUCGAUGCUCCUAACGCUAUCGAAGUUCACGACGCCUCCUUCACCUGGGAAAGAACGCCAACUCAAGAGAACGAGUCGACAGUGGGCGGUGCCGGUCCGAAAUCGAAGCCUGAAAAGGCUCCCAAGGGAAAGCCCAAGGAUGUCGAGGCGGCCACUCCUCCUUCCGGUGACGACUCGAGCACCCUGGUCGAAGAACGGGAGCCCUUUAAGCUUCAGGAUCUCAACUUCACCAUUGGCAGGAACGAGCUGGUUGCCGUUAUUGGUACCGUCGGCAGUGGCAAGACUUCACUGCUCUCUGCUUUGGCUGGUGACAUGCGCAAGACCAGCGGCGAGGUUAUUCUUGGUGCUCACAGAGCUUUUUGCCCACAGUACGCCUGGAUUCAGAACGCGACUCUCAAGGACAACAUUCUUUUUGGAAAGGAGAUGGACCCCGAAUGGUAUCGCGAUGUCAUCAAGGCUUGCGCGUUGCAGCCGGAUUUGGAUAUGCUUCCCAACAACGACAUGACCGAGAUUGGUGAAAGAGGUAUCACCAUCUCUGGUGGCCAAAAGCAGAGACUCAACAUCGCCCGUGCGAUUUACUUCGAUGCCGACAUCGUUCUCAUGGACGACCCCCUGAGCGCUGUCGAUGCCCACGUUGGUCGUCAUAUCUUCGAUAACGCUAUUCUUGGUUUGCUCAAGGACAAGGCCCGUAUUUUGGCCACUCAUCAGCUUUGGGUUCUCAACCGCUGCGAUCGCAUCAUUUGGAUGGAUGGUGGUCGUAUUCAGGCUGUGGAUACUUUCGACAAUCUUAUGAGGGAUUCCGAGGAGUUCAGACAGCUCCUAGAAUCGACCGCCCAAGAAGACAAGAAGGAUGAAGCCGAAGCUCCUGUCGUAGCCAGCGAGGAAGAAGCGCCCAAGAAGAAAAAGAAGGCCAAGGGUCUCAUGCAGGCCGAGGAGCGUGCUGUGGCUAGCGUUCCAUGGUCGGUUUAUACGUCCUACGUGAAGGCCUCUGGCUCGUAUCUCAACGCACCCAUCGUUCUCAUACUUUUGGUUAUCGCACAAGGAUCGAACAUCGUGACCAGCUUGUGGCUGUCGUGGUGGACUUCUGACAAGUUCGGCCUCAGUCUGGGACAGUACAUCGGUGUCUACGCUGGUCUCGGUGCGCUACAAGCUCUCCUUAUGUUCGCAUUCAUGGUAUCCCUCUCAAUUUUCGGUACUACGGCGAGUAAGAACAUGUUGAGGCAGGCCACCUUCCGCGUGUUGCGUGCCCCCAUGUCUUUCUUCGACACUACACCUCUUGGUCGCAUCACCAACCGUUUCAGCCGCGAUGUGGACGUCAUGGACAAUAACCUUACGGAUGCUAUGCGCAUGUACUUCUUCAGCAUGGGAGGUAUUAUCUCGACUUUUGCUCUGAUCAUCGCAUACUUCUACUACUUUGCCAUUGCGCUCGUACCUCUCUUCACCCUGUUCCUCUUUGCUACUGGCUACUAUCGCUCAUCGGCUCGCGAGGUCAAACGCUUUGAGGCCGUCCUUCGUUCCAAUGUGUUCGCCAAGUUCAACGAAGGAUUGUCUGGUGUUUCCUCCAUCAGGGCGUACGGCCUCCAGAACCGGUUUGUGGUGGACAUGAGGAAGGCUAUCGACAACAUGGACUCGGCGUACUUCCUGACUUAUUCGAAUCAGAGAUGGCUAUCGACCAGACUGGAUAUGAUCGGUAACCUCUUGGUCUUCACCGCGGGUAUUCUCGUCGUCACCUCCCGUUUCUCGGUUAACCCCUCGAUUGCCGGCUUGGUGUUGUCCUAUAUCUUGGCUAUAGUGCAGAUGAUUCAGUUCACUGUCCGUCAGCUGGCCGAAGUCGAGAACGGCAUGAACGCCGUCGAGCGUCUCUUGCACUACGGGACCCAGCUUGAGGAGGAGGCCCCAUCCAAGACCAUCGAUGUGCGCCCCAGCUGGCCUGAGAAGGGUGAGAUCGUUUUCGACAACGUCGAGAUGCGUUAUCGUGCUGGUCUUCCUCUUGUUCUGCAGGGUCUCAACGUGCACAUUCAGGGCGGCGAGCGUAUUGGUAUCGUCGGCCGUACUGGUGCAGGAAAGAGUUCUAUUAUGUCUACGCUCUUCCGUCUCGUUGAGAUUUCCGGCGGUCACAUCACCAUCGAUGGCAUCGACAUCUCCACCAUCGGUCUCCAGGACCUCCGUUCCCGCCUCGCCAUCAUUCCUCAAGACCCGACCCUCUUCCGCGGCACCGUGCGCAGCAACCUCGAUCCCUUCGGUGAGCAUACCGACUUGGAGCUCUGGUCCGCCCUGCGCCAAGCCGAUCUCGUCCAGGACGAAGCGACCACCACUACCACAACCGCCACCCCCAGCGCCAGCGGCAACGCCAUCGUCGUCGCCGACGCUCCCGCUGCUACCAACGGCAACUCCAACAACCGCAUCAACCUCGACUCGAUCGUCGAAGAAGACGGCCUCAACUUCUCCCUCGGCCAGCGCCAGCUCAUGGCCCUCGCCCGCGCCCUCGUGCGCGGCUCCCAGAUCAUCGUCUGCGACGAGGCCACUUCCAGCGUCGAUAUGGAGACGGACGACAAGAUCCAGCGCACCAUGGCCAGCGCGUUCCGCGGCAAGACGCUGCUGUGCAUCGCGCAUCGGUUGAGGACUAUUAUCAACUACGACCGGAUUUGCGUGAUGGACAAGGGCCGCAUUGCGGAGAUUGGUCCCCCCCAGGAGCUGUUUGAGAUGGAGGGCGGUAUCUUUAGGGGCAUGUGUGAGAGGAGUGGGAUUAGAAGUGAGGAUAUCAGGUUGGCGAGGGAGGUUGUUGAUAAUGAUCGGGCGUUGUAAGCUGCGUAAAGGG